UCAUGCUGCUGCCAGGUCCAGAGUCUCAUCCACUCAUGGGUCCCUGUACGGGCCUCCCAUUGCUGCUGUCUCCAUCGCCACACUCUCCUCUGCCAUGUGCCACUUUCAGGUCUCCUCACACUGCUGGUGUGUUCCAUUUUGUCAUAGGGUGCUGGCAGAUUACGGGCCUCCCAUUGCUGCUGCCAGGGCCCGUAAUCUGCCAUGGGCCCCCGUACCGCCUCCUCAUGCUGCUAGCCAGGUCCAGAGUCUCUCAUGGGUCCCUGUACGGCCUCCCAUUGCUGCUUUCUCUCCAUCGGCCACACUCUGCCCAUGUGCCCACUUUCAGGUCUCUCACACUGCUGGUGUGUUCCAUUUUGUCA